GCUUUACAACGUCGCAAUGGCUGCAGGCACAGUAAUAGCUGAAGAGCUCCUGAAGAGACCAUUAUACGUGUAUGAUCUCCCGCCGCAGAUCCUCUCAACCUUAAGCGCCAAAAACCAGAACCAAGCCGUCGCCGUACAAAGUGACACCGAAGAAGACGCCCAAGACGCGAACGAAACAGCAGAACAAGAACACGCUGUCGCGACAGCCUCGUCAUGCGCCCUUUGCAAGAUAUCAUUCUCCAACGUGCAGGAACAACGAGACCACGUCCGAUCCGAUCACCACCGGUAUAACCUCAAGGCGCAACUACGCGGGACCCCGACUUAUGAUGAGUCACAAUUCACCAAGGCGGUCGGGGAGUUAGACGAAUCUAUAUCUGGAUCUGAGUUGUCGUCGGAAGAGGACGAGGGAGAUGCGUCGCAGCCGACACUCACUGCUCUGCUGAAAAAGCAAGCUAAGAUAUCCCAAGCGAAUGAUGAGGAGGAAGUAUCGUCGAAAAAGCAAAAUGUUGGGAAGCAUCCUUUGUUGUGGUUUUCGAGCUCCGCUUUGCCUUCGAACACGUCGCUGGGUAUCUACAGAGCUCUGUUCAGUGACGUUGAGCAAGACGAACCCGCAUACCUCGCCGAUUCGCUACGGACAAAGCAGUUGGACCCAAUCAGACCACAGCGCAAUAACGGACCUGCUGUAAAAGCCCCCACUACUCAGUCGAAACCCAGUCCUCAUAUCUUCAUGUGCAUGAUCGGUGGUGGUCAUUGUGCGGCGAUGCUGGUUUCUUUAGCACCAGAAAUUCAUCGCAGACAGGGUGGCGUAGAAGACAGACAAGCGCGCGUGAUUGCGCACAAGUCGUUCCAUCGUUAUACCACGCGACGGAAGCAAGGUGGGUCGCAAUCUGCUAGCGACGCUUCAAGAGGCGCCGCGCAUUCGGCAGGAUCCAGCUUGCGGCGUUAUAAUGAGGCUGCGCUUGAGAAGGAGGUUAGGGAACUAUUCAGAGACUGGAAACAGAUGAUAGACGACGCCCAGUUUCUGUUCAUUCGGGCCACGGGAAGUACGAAUCGGAGGAUCCUGUUUGGGCAGUACGAAGGUCAAUUCUUGAAACAUAACGACCCAAGAAUAAGAGGCUUUCCAUUUAGUACUCGCAGAGCUACCCAGGCCGAGCUUCUGCGAUGCUUCAAGGAACUAACUCGUGUCAAAGUGAGCCAGGUUGACGAAGCGGCACUCGCUGCUGCUGAGACCAAACAGCACCAGGAAGAGGCAGCGAAACAGCAAGCAACACGUCAACAGCAACCAGAAAAACCGAAGAUAUCUAAGGAGGAUGAAGAAGCCCUUCUUCACACGACACAGAUUCAAGCGUUCAUCCGUCGCUCGAAAAUCCCAGCUCUAAUGUCCUACAUUUCCAACAAUUCUAUACCCCCAUCAUUCGCCUUCAAGCCGUCGGACUCACAACAAAACUUCAGGUGUCCUACGUCACUUCAUCUCGCAGCAAACCUCAGCUCACACUCUGUUGUCCUGGCACUUCUUACGAAAGCCAAUGCAGACCCAACAGCCGCGAAUGGCGAAGGGAAAACACCGUUCGAACUUGCAGGAGACCGCGCCACUCGUGACGCUUUCCGUAUCGCGCGUCACGAACUAGGAGAAUCCAAGUGGAAUUGGGAUACUGCCAAGGUUCCCUCAGCGAUCUCCAAAUCCGACGCAGACAGCCGAGCAGAACGAGAGCGCAAGUCCGCUGAAGAGGAAGAAUCGAACAGACGCAAAGCAGAGUUGGACCGUUUAAAAAAGGAGGAAGCAGAGAGGGUGGCACAGACAGAGCAACGGAAGAAUGCUGGUGGUCGGACGUUGGGAGCAUUGGAGAAGACACCUGCUGAGAAACGGGAAGAGGAGAUGCGGGGAAUGACACCGGAGAUGAGGAUGAGAUUGGAAAGAGAGCGUCGCGCGAGAGCAGCUGAGGAGCGGUUUCGAAGGAUGCAAGGGAACUAAGGUUGCUGCAGUGUAGAUGUCUUUAGUUGCUUUAUGAUAUGUUGAUGCACUGAUGAUCAUGCCUCAUGAAAAUUUCUAGAACUUGAGUGAUAGAGUGUAUAUAAUACUUCUGGGUGUUAUAUGGCGGACUCGCUUUAGCAUCAAUUAGGGUCCCGUGAUCACUUGAAUCAGACGAGUUAGUCGUAGCGCGACAAACCUAACGCGUAACAAC